AUGCCGACAACACGAGGCCAAAAGCGCGACGCAGAAAUGGAAGCAGCUCUCAAACUCUUCUUCUCAAGCCCACGCUUCGCAGUGGCGGGCGCUUCUUCCGACCCAUCCAAAUACGGGCACAAAAUCUUCGCAUGGUACCUCCAGCACUCUCUUCCCGCGACGCCUCUAAACCCGAAGAGCCCGAGUGUCACCAUCUUGAACCGAGCUCAUACUACCGUGCCUUCACCAACCGCUCUCCAAGAUCCACCAGCAUCAAAUUACUCCCUGUCGGUCAUCACGCCACCUGCCGUGACGAGGCAGUUGCUCAAGGAUGCGAAAGAGGCUGGGAUUCCUGCUGUAUGGCUGCAGCCUGGGAGCUUUGAUGCAGAGGUUCUAGAGUAUGCAAAAGCUAACUUCAAGGCGGCCAUCGGUGGGACUGGCGGAAGGGGAGGAGAAGGUUGGUGCGUGCUCGUUGAUGGAGAAGAAGGGCUAAGGAUAGCUGGACGAGAGGCGUCAAGGCUUUGA